AUGGCCGCGACAAUUGCGGCGACUAAACUUCUUCGCAGUCUUGUCCUUCCCGUUUACUCCGAUCUGCAGUUCCGCCUCAGCUGGAUGUUGCUCCCCACACGAUCUCGUUUCUAUUUCUUACGGAUACCCGGCUUCAGUGAUCUUGCUUGUGGGUAUCCCAACUGUGUCGAGGUGGAGACAGCACAGCAUAUCUUCCUGGACUGCUCUCGCGCAGCAGCGCUUUGGGCCGUCGUUAUGCUGGACUGGACCAACUUUGUCGAUGGUUCUGUCACCUGGACCAUGAUCUGUACUCUGGAGGAGCCCCACUGGGCAGCUGGUAGGGUGUCGAGCGCGGAGCAACUGUCACUACUCUGGACGAUCACGCGUUGCAUCGUAAUCCACGUGAUUUGGACAGCCCGGAAUAAACACCAGUUCGAGGAUGGGCCUCCACUUGACCCAGCCACGGCGAUCUAUCGAGUUUAUUCUGUCUUUGGCGCUCAUUUUCGAGCUCUUUUGCGGUCGUCGGAUCAACCAGGCCUUGGAAAAAAUAACUAUUUCAUUGCAAUAACUGUAUUUGUGUACGGAAAUAUGUAUUAUUGA